CGUCGUUGGCGUGGCCCCACCCUGCACCUCAAAUUCCUCUUCAAAUACUCCAUCUUGUCCCAGUAUCUCUACACACUCUUUGCAGGACGUCAACCAACAAGAAGAAAAAGAAGAAAUCCAGGAUUUUUUUUUUCUUUCUAUCUCACAUUUACAACCUAGAAUGGGAUCAGUGGGCGUUCAGAUGGUGUGUGUGGCCCUGGGGGUCCUGGGCCUGAUCGGGGCCAUUGUGUGCUGCGCAGUCCCCCGCUGGAAGGUUUCCUCCUUCACGGGCUCCAACAUCGUCACAGCCCAGAGCCACCAGGAGGGCCUGUGGAAGUCGUGCGCCGUGCAGAGUACGGGCCAGCAGCAGUGCAAGAACUACGACUCUCUGCUGGUCCUGGCCUCGGACCUCCAGGCGGCCCGCGCCAUGACCAUCAUCAGCUGCAUGCUGGCCGCCCUCAGCCUCCUGAUCCUGUUUUGCGGGGCUGAUUUCACCACUUGCGUUGAGAACGAGGAGGCCAAGCCUAAGAUCAGCCUGGUGGCCGGGGUGGGGUUACUCCUGGCCGGCCUGAUUCUAAUCAUACCUGUCAGCUGGUCGGCCCACACGGUGGUCCGGGACUUCAACAACCCCCUGGUGCUCGCCUCGCAGAAGCGCGAGUUGGGAGCGUGCAUCUUCGUAGGCUGGGGGGCCGGGGUUCUGCUUCUCCUGGGCGGGGGGCUCCUGUGCUGCUUCAGUAGGCCCAAGUCGGGGGGGUCUGGGGGGACGGCCAAGUACUACAGUAACAGCGCGUCUGCACCCAGCAAGAACUACGUGUGAGCCGGGAUGGAUAACCGAGAUUCGACCAGAGGUCCGUUAGCCACAUUAGCUUAGCUCAUUAGCAUCUCUGUAAAUAGUAAAUUGAAUUAAAUAAACUGCUAGCGUGUUAGAAUUUAAUAACUUUUCAUUAGAAAUUGUACCAGACUACAGCGCAAGAUCCUUAGAGAUCAACCUUAGUGCUUUCUGUACUUACGUCGCUAUCUUGCCAUUUUAAUUAGCAAAGCAACUGUUAGCAUUUUAGCAUUUUAGUAAUUCAGAUUAGUACCAGACGACAGGGUCGACAUGCAAGAUUUGUAGCACUUUUUGCAAUCAGGUCAUCUUAUCUGUAUCAAGUGUUAGCAUUUUAUCAAUUCUUAUUUGACAUAGUACCAGACUACAGAGAAACAUACAGAAUCCUCAUUGGCUAGCGGUUUCUGUACUAGGGUUACUAUCUUGCCAUAUGUCAGCGUAGUAACUACAAACAAGCUAGCAUUUGAUUAAUUCGCAUGAGAAUUUUGACCCAAAUACAGGGCAAAACGUUAAUUUCCUAUCUAACUAGUUAGCAUACCAACUAUUAACAUGUUAGCACUUUAGCCAUUCCAAGUAGUAUCCAACUACAGGACAACGUAAAAUCCAUCUAAUCUCUUUCUGGACUCAGGUUGCUGUCUUGUUGUAGGUUAGUUUACAAACCACUGGCAUGUUAGCAUUUCACCCAUUCAAAAUAGUACCCAACUACAAGGCAAGAUGUAAAAUCCUUUGCGAUCAGCCUUAGCGCUCUGUACUUAGGUUGCUAUCUGGCAAUAUGUUUGUGUACCAACUGCGAACAUGUUGGCAUUUGAUCAGUUCUCAUGUGAAUGUUGAGCUAACUACAGAGCAAGAUCUAAAAUCCUUAUCAAGCCAGUUAGUAUACCAAGCAUUAGCAUGUUAGCAUUUCAGCCAUUCAAAAUAGUGUACUAAAAGAAAGUAAAGAGCAAGACUAACGUAAAAUAGGGAUCUGUAUUAGCGCUUUCUGUACUAAGGUUGCUAUCUUGCUAUCUAGUGGUGGACCAUAUGUCAUCAUGUUAGCAUUUGAGCCAUUCAAAUAGUCCCAAACUUCACGAUAAACUGUAAAAUUGGUAUCGAUUAGCCUUAGCGCUUUCUCUUCUCAGGUUGCUACUUUGCUAUUUGUUAGCAUACCAACUGCUAGCAUGUUAGCAUUUGAUUUAUUCUCAUUUAAAAUACAGUGGACUCACGCUAUUCCCGGGGCACAGGAACCGGACCGGACCACGAAUAGCAAAACUCCACAAAUAAUUGACAAACAUUAAAAUUGCAUUUUAAGCACCCCAAAAUCUUGAAUAAAUGGAGAUAAACCGCCAAUAAGUGAUUUUGUGAUUCGUUCCCCCCAAAACAAGAAAACUAUUUUUUUUUUUUUUUUUAAAGAUGAAAAAUUUGAACAAAAUUUGAAAAGAUAUUUGAAAAAAUAUCGACGAAUAGGAGAAUCCACAGGUGCCGAACCGCGUCUAUGCGGUGGCCCACUCUAGUACCUGACUACAAGGGAUUAUGUAAAAUGUAAUGUAAUUUCUUUACUUGUGUUGUUAUGUUAGCAUUUGCUCAAUUCUCAUUAAAAACAACGUGCAACUGAAUGGCAAGAUGUCAAAUCCA